CCUAGCACCCUCCAUCAAGCCUGCCCCGCUGCACCCAGGCACCCAGCAUGGGGAAUGAGGCCAGUUACCCGGAGGAGAUGUGCCACCACUUCGACCAAGAUGAAAUCAGAAGGCUGAGCAGGAAGUUUAAGAAGCUGGACCUGGAUGGCUCGGGCACCCUGAGCGUAAAGGAGUUCAUGUUGCUGCCGGCCAUGCAGCAGAACCCCUUGGUGCAGCGAGUCAUCGACAUCUUCGACACGGACGGCAACGGAGAGGUGGACUUCAAGGAGUUCAUCCGGGGCACUUCCCAGUUCAGUGUCAAGGGCGAGGAGGAGCAGAAGUUGAGGUUCGCUUUCAGCAUCUACGACAUCGAUAAGGACGGCUUCAUCUCCAACGGGGAGCUCUUCCAGGUGCUGAAGAUGAUGGUCGGGGACAACCUGAAAGAUUGGCAACUGCAGCAGCUCGUUGACAAAACCAUCAUCAUCCUGGAUCAUGACAACGACGGGAAAAUCUCCUUCGAGGAGUUCAGAGCCGCGGUGGGAAACCUCGAGGUGCACAAGAAGUUGGUGGUAGCCGUGUGAACUUUGUUUUUGUUUUUUGUUUUUUGAAGAACCCCACACACGCAAACACACACGCAAACACACACGCACAUACACACGCACUGGACAAUCUAACAUCUUUUUUUUUCCAAGCUCAACCCAAGGUCACCCAGCAACUAUCUUCCUAUCUCUUUCUUUCUCGCUCUCCCAAUUGCUUAGAGACUUUUCGCUGGGAAGUUAUAUUUUUCUGACGUGCAGCUCAGUGUUAUUAAGUAAUUCAGUGAACGAGGGUAACAGAAGAGAGAGAGAGAUGAAGGAACAUGGCGAAGAAAGAAAAGCACUUCUCUAAACUUUUUUUUUUUUUUUUUUGUGGCUCAGAGACCAAACUCCAAAGAGUCGAUAACUUUACAGUUUCCCAAAUAAGAAAAUAAUCUUUACCUUUA